AUGUCGGAUCCUCGCAUGAGCGACAAAGAGCUCUUCGAUAUCAACGCUCAAGCCGCCGUCAAGAACUACAGCGUCGACCCCCGUCUCGACUACCGCACCGUCUCGGCCAUCAACGGUCCCUUGGUCGUGCUUGAGAAUGUCAAGUUCCCCUCGUACAACGAGAUCGUCUCGCUCACCUUGCCCGACGGCUCUCGUCGUGGUGGUCAGGUGCUCGAAGUCUCGGGUAACAAGGCCAUCGUCCAGGUGUUCGAGGGCACUUCUGGUAUCGAUGUGCGCGACACCCACAUCGAGUUCACCGGUAGCUCGAUGAAGCUGCCCGUGUCUGAAGACAUGCAGGGUCGUAUCUUUAACGGUUCCGGUGCACCUAUCGACAAGGGCCCUCGUGUGUUUGCCGAGGACUAUCUCGACAUCAAUGGCUCGCCCAUCAACCCGUUCUCGCGUGUCUAUCCGGAAGAGAUGAUCCAGACGGGUAUCUCUACCAUCGACACGAUGAACUCGAUCGCUCGUGGUCAGAAGAUCCCCAUUUUCUCGGCUGCCGGUUUGCCGCACAACGAGAUCGCCGCGCAGAUCUGCCGACAGGCGGGUCUCGUCAAGCGUCCCGGUGCCGGCAAAGGUGUGCACGACGACCACGAGGACAACUUCUCGAUCGUAUUCGGUGCCAUGGGUGUCAACAUGGAGACGGCGCGCUUCUUCAAGCAGGACUUCGAGGAGAACGGCUCGCUGGACCGUGUGACGCUGUUCCUCAACUUGGCCAACGACCCGACCAUCGAGCGUAUCAUUACGCCUCGUCUUGCGCUCACCACCGCCGAAUACUACGCCUACCAGCUCGAGAAGCACGUGCUCGUCGUGCUCACCGACAUGACCAGUUACGCCGAUGCGCUGCGUGAGGUGUCGGCGGCGCGUGAAGAGGUGCCCGGUCGACGAGGUUACCCCGGUUACAUGUACACAGAUUUGUCUACCAUCUACGAGCGUGCCGGUCGUGUGCAGGGCCGCAACGGCUCGAUUACGCAGAUCCCCAUUCUGACCAUGCCCAACGAGGACAUGACGCACCCGAUUCCCGAUUUGACCGGCUACAUUACCGAGGGCCAGAUCUACGUCGACAGGCAGCUGCACAACCGUCAGAUCUACCCACCCAUCAACGUGCUUCCGUCGCUGUCGCGUUUGAUGAAGUCGGCGAUCGGCGCUAAGCACACGCGUGCCGACCACUCGGAUGUCUCGAACCAGAUGUACGCCGCGUACGCUACUGGUAGGGAUGCGGCUGCGAUGAAGGCCGUCGUGGGUGAAGAGGCGUUGAGCGCAGAAGACAAGCUGGCCAUCGAAUUCAUGGAGAACUUCGAAGGCAAGUUUAUCAAGCAGGGCGCUUACGAGAACAGACACAUCUUUGACUCGCUCGACAUCGGCUGGGACCUGUUGAGGAUCUUCCCCAAGGAACAGCUCAACCGUAUCUCGCCCAGGAUCAUCAAGGAGUACUACUCGAGACGCGCCAAGAAGCAGGAGGGCAAGGACGAGGAGGGCAAGAAGGGCAGCAAGGAUACUCGGGAUAACUCGGGCGCCAACGGUGAAAACGGCAAGCUCGUCGACGACGAGUAG